AUGGUGAACCACGAGAAUGCAGACAAGAUUGCUCAAAUUACGAAGCGGGACGUCCUGGGCAUCUCUCCCAGAUCUAAAGAGUUUGAAAUCAUCCUCCGUCAGUCUCUUUGCAAGAUUUCCUGUGACCAGUCAGAUCGAUUCUUCGACGAGACUUACGGGGAGCCGGUCAGCCAGCUCCCGCCAUGGGAGCUCACAUUCCUGCUAGAUCUGGUAUUCAUUUCCAAGAUACUUUUCUUGGGCCAACAAGUCGAUCUUCUUCAGAGUUGGGAGAACACGGCAGUUGGAGAAGAAGUGCGGCGUAAGCAUCUACGCAAGAUGAACUGCCCGGAGACGGUGACGAUGUGGACUGAAUUCAUAAGACAAGCUAGGGCGGGCGACCUCGAGCCCAGAUUGCCCGCGCAUAGACUUUCAAACCUCGCUUUAGAUUCAGGCGGCAGGAAAGCAAGAAAACGAGAUGUCCGGCUGUAUCUAAGCUACCUGCUCGUAGCGGGGACUGAAGAGGUCGGUUCUGACACGGAAGCCGAAGGGCAGAGCUCUAGCGACAGCGAGUAG